AUUCCUUUGUUAACGUUGCUCUCCUCCCAUUUCCUACCAAACGCACCCUUGCAGAAUUCUAGAAUUUUCUUUCUUCGGAGUUCGGUGCAGGCGCGAGAAAUUUUGAUCGCCGCUCUUCCUCGAGGAUCUGACAACUUCCCGGUUCGUCUCUUCUAUGCCUUAACCUGAGUGGAAAAUGAAUCCAGUUCUUCCAUGGAAGCAUCUCUGAACAUGCCAUUUCAGGAUUACGCUAUUCCGUAUUGUUGCCCGCACGUCUGGCCUUCUUCCUCUCCCAAAGUUCCUGCGAAGCAUAAAGCUGCCUAUUCGGUUCCAUUUCUUCUGGCUUCCCUUGUUCAUUUGUGAUAUCUAUUCUUCUUUAUUCCCGCUGUCUGAUCUGGUUAUUUUUCACGGUUUCCAUUUUGGGAUGACGCUUUGAUUGAGAAAGAUAAUUUUCCGCUUUUAAUCUGAGCUGGUCAUUUUGUUAUUUGUUUCGUUAGUUGCCCGAUCAUGGGAUCCUACAGAAGAGGGAAGCUUGCCCUUGAUGCUUUUCGUAAUUUCUCUUCAAGGAUUAUGCCCAAAACCCAAAUUUCGCAGCGCAGUACUAGAUUUUGCGACUUUGAAUACUCGACGACUUCUGCAUGUAAAGGAGCUAACAGUUAUGGGUUUCCGUCAUAUUCUCUUAUAUCUCAUAGACUAGGAUUACGAGAUGGACUGAAUAGGAACUCACCUAAUCCUUUUCUCACCGGGGCUAGGAGAUUUUACUACGUGGAUCGGUACAAUGUGCAACAUUUCAAGCGCCGAGGGCCUAGUCGGUGGCUGCAGGAUCCAAGAAAUGUCUUAAUUGUAGUGAUGGUUGGUUCAGGGCUUUUUAUCACUGUAUACUAUGGGAAUUUGGAAACUGUUCCCUAUACCAAGCGAACUCAUUUCAUUCUUUUGUCCAAAUCUCUGGAGAGGAGGCUUGGAGAGACCCAGUUCGAGCAAAUGAAAGCAUCGUUUAAGGGGAAAAUAUUGCCUGCUAUACACCCAGAAAGCAUACGGGUAAGAAUGAUCGCUAAGGAGAUAAUUGAUGCAUUGCAGAAAGGUCUGAGGAAAGAGCAGGUCUGGAGUGAUUUGGGUUAUGCAUCAGAGCACGCGACGGCACACGAACGUAAUGUGCGUGAAACACUGAAUGCAUUGUCGGAGACGGAAGGGGAGUUUGAAGAUAAAUGGUACCGCGAGGAUGAGAUUCUUGAUGACAAGUGGAUUGAGAAGAGCAGAAAAAAGGGUGAGAAACGUGGUUCACAGGCUGCUACAUCACAUUUGGAUGGAUUGAAUUGGGAGGUGUUAGUGGUGAAUGAACCUGUUGUUAAUGCCUUUUGCUUACCCGGGGGAAAGAUCGUUGUGUUUACUGGUUUGCUUGAGCAUUUUAGAAGUGACGCAGAGGUAGCCACUAUUCUGGGACACGAGGUUGGCCAUGCUGUGGCUCGACACAGUGCUGAAGGGAUGACCAAAAAUCUGUGGUUUGCGAUUCUGCAGUUGAUACUCUAUCAAUUUGUCAUGCCUGAUGUCGUCAAUACAAUGUCAGCUCUUUUCUUGAGGCUGCCUUUCUCCAGGAGGAUGGAAAUGGAAGCAGAUUAUAUUGGGCUGCUGUUAGUUGCUUCAGCUGGAUACGAUCCCCGAGUGGCACCCACAGUCUAUGAGAAGUUAGGAAAGGUUACUGGGGAUUCAGCACUUAGGGAUUACCUCUCUACUCACCCAUCUGGAAAAAAGAGGGCACAAUUGCUGGCUCAAGCUCAGGUCAUGGAGGAAGCUCUAACUAUAUACAAGAAUGAAAGGGCAGGUCGUGGGGUUGAAGGCUUUUUGUAGGAAAGCGCAGUCAUUAGUUGCUGCUUCUGAGUUCUGACUAGAGCAUGUAUUGGGGAGUAAGAUUUUUAUCCCCCUCUGUGCUGAUAUUUAUAGUUUUUUAUGGGAAGAUUAACAUCUUACAAUUGUCUAUUUCUGUUAUAAAUUGUACAUUGAUUGGUAUCCUUCAACCAGGGUAUCCCUACUUCCACUUUGUUCAACCUCCCAGU